UAAGUGCAUGCGUGUAUUAGGAUCAAGGUAUGCGUGCUUCUGCGUGAGCUAAACAUUCAAUGCAAUUGGUGUUUCUGAGAAGAUUUAACCAAUCAGUAAGAAACAUCAGAUUAUAAAUGGCUACCAUAUAGUGAUAAACGCAUAAGUGAUCUUGCAGUGUUACGAGGACGGUCUGACGACGAUUAAAAUAAAUUCUAUAUAAAUGUGACAAUUUUGUAGUUAUGUGCGGAAUGCAAGCUUCAUAUUCUUGCUGCAUUCUUGUCUGGACUAUUUAUUGUUUUUCGUUAGUUCAUUCUUCGAUGCAUGUCAUCUUAUCGCACAAUGGUCCUGUUAUGUUAGAUGGUACGAUUACAAUCAAAGCAGAUUUGUACAAUCCGGAUGGAUCCCGACCAUCUGGUCCAUUCAGAUAUAAGUGGACCGAUGAUGCUCUUAUACCUCAUAGAAGUGUUGUAGGGGAUACAUGGAAUACUACUACGUAUUGGAACUUGAGUUAUCCCAGAGAGAAAUAUUCUAUAGGAACGUAUAAAGUCGAAGUAACAGUUGAAGUACUUUUUAUUAUCUUUUGGAAGAAUGCAACCAGUAAUCGCAUAAGUUUUGAAGUUACAUCACUUCUCAAUGGCAACUUAACGGUAUCGCAAGCAAAUAAGACAGUGAGCGAAGAGUUUGUUUCAUCCUCAUUGGAAACACAAUUCAGUAUAGAUAUACGUAAAGGAGAUUAUGAUUUUAUAAAAGAAAAUGCAACGUCUGUAUCGACUUACUGGUUUAUCGAUUGUCAAAAUUACGGACAAACUAACGAUCUAAAUUUUGUUUAUAAUUUUACAAAUGUUGAUGUGUCUCAUGGUAUCGCAGCUUUAGUUGUUGCAUCGUACGAACCUAUCCAAACCACCACAACUACAGUCGCAACUACUGUACCGUCUUUAAAUUCGACUUCAAAUACUACUUUAAUAAAUGCCAAUACGAGUCUUGCUCUAUCGACAACUACAAUAUCGCCUACAACUGUAUCACAUAUAAAUACAACCCAAGCAACAUCUAUGACAAAUGCACCUGCGAUUAAUUCAACUAUGCCAAAUCAUAGCAAUAUUUCAUUUCCAUACGUUUGUCUAAAUACGUCUAUUAUACCUCCUGAUCCUAAUAAAACAUAUGGUUAUUUUACGAAACAAAUUUUUGUUAAAGCACCGAUAACAAAUAUCACAAUCAAGGGUACUGAUUGGAUUCAACCCUGGGACAUGUUGUCUCUUAAUGUGACUUGUAAUGGUUCAGGACCAUUUUAUAAAUGCUUAGAAUUUCAUCAAGGAAAAUAUAACGUAACCGGUAAUGAGACGUGCGAAUAUGCUGAUCACCUGCAAUCGUGUAAUUUUUCUAUCGUUCGUUAUUUCUUUGAACCUACCGAAUAUACAAUUUUGGUUAUAUUAAACAACGACGUCACUAAACAAAUUUAUCCUAAAACUAUAACUGUUUACAAAGUAACACCAAAGCCACAACUCUCGGUAAUAGUCGUUCCUGUUUCCUGUACUCUUGUUGCUGUUGUUCUAAUAGUUUUUGGUGUGGCGUAUUACAUCCAAAGUAGAGCGAGAUUCACUGUUGAAGUAGCGGAUUUUGAUUUUGGCCAGAAUAACCCAGAGAUGGAAUAUAAAACGUUUACAGAACGAUUGCGGGAUUCAUUUAACAAUGCUGGAUAUAAACCGCUUAAAAAUUCGAAUACUUUACAAACAUAACAUUUGUAAAAGAGACAUGUCGUCGAUACAAACUUUACAAGUUUGUAAGGAGUACUUUUAAAGUUGAAAGCAAGUGUACUUCUACAAUGAUCCAAGAAGUCCAAGAAACGAUGAGGUUUGUUAAAUCUUAUGCAGCAGUAUUUGUAGAUACUAAGCUGUUUCGCAUUAAAAUUACUACAUCAUUAUUCACUGUAACCAUUGUGAUCAUUCCGGAGUGGAUAUGAAAAAAGAGAAAAGCCAAAAACAUGACAUCAAGAUUCGGCACGGUUAAUCAUGUGCAUCUAAUAUGGAAACACGUUGGACAUAUUUUGUGAAGAUCAGUGUAUACGUGAUCAUCGUUAUGUGAUGGAUUAAGAAAGUAUGCGCCAUUCCACAUAAUUUUUCCAACUACAUAAAAUUAGAAAUAAAUCUAUGUCCACACACACACACACACACACAGGCAAUAUACUUGUAUAUUAUAAUUUAAUAUUAAGCUUUGUAUAAGUCUCAUUUGUGCACAAAAAUUUCUCUAUUUUUCUUUUUUCUUUUUGUUUUUUUAAAUUUUCAGGAUACUAAGAAAGUAGUGUAAUUUUUAUCAAUUUUAGAUAUGUUUUUAUUAUUUUAUCUAUCUGUUGUUUUCAUGACAAUCCGUAAAGACAAUCUGUCUGAUAAAAAGUAAAUCGUAGCAUGAGUAAUUUGUGGGAAAGACUAUUAAUUCUUUCAUCGUAUAUAGUGAUCUAUUACAUUAUAUUUAGAAAAUUACAUUUACGCGAUAGCUGAAAAUCUAAAUUGCUUUUAUGUAAAUUAGCACUAUAUAUAUAUAAUUUAAAUGAUAUAAAAAUGAGAUUUACAUAAAUAUUCAUUUUAAUAUACUAUUUUAAUAACUUCUUUUAAAAAUCAUAUAUAUAUAUUUUACGCUGUAUUUAAGAUUAUAAAUUAUGAAGCAGAUUUCUUGAAAUGUAGAAAUAUGUAAAAGUUUGAAUAUUUACAGAUUGAUUUAGACUAAGUAAAGUGAAGCUAAUUA